UAAAGGUUGGGGGCGGAGUGGAAACUGAAGCGAGAAAUGUGUUCUGGCCGCAGCAAGUCCCUGCCCGGGCUGGUUCAGGUUGCUCCAAGGACGUGCAAAGACAGGAGCCCGGGGCGGGGAGUGCUCUGUAAACUCAGGUCCCCAGCAGCACCCCUGCCUUUCGGUCUCGGCAGUGCUCCCACCCCAGAAGGGUGGCCUGCGGCACAGGUUUCUAGUCUCCCCCGGCCUUCCCGCCCCGCCCCGCCCCCAGGGCACCCUGACUUUCCGUAAAUGACGGCGGCCAGGAAGCUCAGGGGCCACACAGGAAGGAGCAGGGACUUUCCUGUCGCAGCCUCGGCUGUCCUUUGCCUCGGCACAUCUGCAGGUUAUACUCAUGGCACCUCCAAGUGAGGAGACACCUCUGAUCCCUCAGCGCUCUUGCAGCCUCUCAUCCUCAGAGGCAGGAGCCCUGCAUGUGCUCCUUCCUCCCCGGGGACCUGGGCCUCCCCAGCGACUGUCAUUCUCUUUUGGGGACUACUUGGCCGAGGAUCUGUGUGUGCGAGCUGCCAAGGCCUGUGGCAUCCUGCCUGUUUAUCAUUCGCUUUUCGCUCUGGCCACUGAGGACUUCUCUUGCUGGUUUCCCCCAAGCCACAUCUUCUGCAUAGAGGACGUGGACACUCAAGUCUUGGUCUACAGGCUACGCUUUUAUUUCCCUGACUGGUUUGGGCUGGAGACAUGUCACCGCUUUGGGCUGCGCAAAGAUUUGACCAGUGCCAUCCUUGACUUACAUGUUUUAGAACAUCUCUUUGCUCAGCACCGCAGUGACCUGGUGAGUGGGCGCCUCCCGGUGGGCCUUAGCAUGAAGGAACAGGGAGAGUUCCUGAGCCUGGCCGUGCUGGACUUGGCCCAGAUGGCUCGUGAGCAGGCCCAGCGCCCAGGAGAGCUGCUGAAGAUGGUCAGUUACAAAGCCUGUCUGCCGCCCAGCCUGCGCGAUGUGAUCCAGGGCCAGAACUUCUUGACACGCAGGCGCAUCCGCAGGACCGUGGUCCUGGCGCUGCGCCGCGUGGUCGCCUGCCAGGCCGACCGCUACGCGCUCAUGGCCAAGUAUAUUCUGGACCUGGAGCGGCUACAUCCAGCGGCCACCACCGAGACCUUCCGUGUGGGGCUCCCGGGCGCCCAGGAGGAGCCGGGGCUUCUGCGUGUGGCGGGGGACAACGGCAUCGCCUGGAGCUCCGGGGACCAGGAGCUUUUCCAGACCUUCUGUGACUUUCCGGAAAUCGUGGAUGUCAGCAUCAAGCAGGCCCCACGUGUGGGUCCGGCAGGGGAGCACCGGCUGGUCACCGUCACCAGGAUGGACGGCCACAUCCUGGAAGCAGAGUUUCCGGGGCUGCCUGAGGCGCUGUCCUUCGUGGCCCUCGUGGAUGGGUACUUCCGCCUGAUCUGCGACUCCAGGCAUUAUUUCUGCAAGGAGGUGGCGCCGCCGCGGCUGCUGGAGGAGGAGGAGGAGCUGUGCCAUGGACCCAUCACGUUAGACUUUGCCAUCCACAAGCUGAAGGCCGCUGGCUCCCUCCCAGGCACCUACAUUCUCCGCCGUAGCCCGCAGGACUAUGACAGCUUUCUUCUUACCGCCUGUGUCCAGACUCCUCUUGGCCCCGACUACAAGGGCUGCCUCAUCCGCCAGGACCCCAGUGGGGCUUUCUCCCUGGUUGGUCUCAGCCAGCCGCACAGAAGCCUGCGGGAGCUGCUUGCAGCCUGCUGGCAUUCCGGGCUUCGAGUAGAUGGCGCUGCCCUGAACCUAACAUCCUGCUGCGCUCCCAGACCCAAGGAAAAGUCCAAUUUGAUCGUGGUGCGAAGGGGCUGCACUCCAGCGCCUGCCCCUGGCUGCUCCCCGUCCUGCUGUGCACUGACACAGCUGAGCUUCCACACGAUUCCAGUGGACAGCCUGGAGUGGCACGAGAACCUGGGUCACGGUUCUUUUACCAAGAUCUUCCAUGGCCGCAGGCGGGAGGUAGUGGAUGGUGAGACACAUGACUCAGAAGUCCUCCUGAAGGUCAUGGACUCCAGACAUCGGAACUGCAUGGAGUCUUUUCUGGAAGCUGCAAGCUUGAUGAGCCAAGUAUCCUACCCACACCUGGUGUUACUGCACGGCGUCUGCAUGGCUGGAGACAGCAUCAUGGUGCAGGAAUUUGUGUAUCUAGGAGCAAUUGACAUGUACCUGCGCAAGCGUGGCCACCUGGUGUCAGCCAGCUGGAAACUGCAGGUGACCAAGCAGCUGGCAUAUGCCCUUAACUACUUGGAGGACAAAGGCCUUCCUCAUGGCAACGUCUCAGCACGGAAGGUGCUCCUGGCUCGCGAGGGGGGUGAUGGGAAUCCACCUUUCAUUAAGCUGAGUGAUCCUGGUGUCAGUCCCACUGUGCUGAGCCUGGAAAUGCUCACCGACAGAAUACCCUGGGUGGCCCCCGAAUGUCUCCAGGAGGCUCAGACGCUCGGCUUGGAGGCUGACAAGUGGGGCUUUGGAGCCACCACGUGGGAGGUGUUCAGCGGGGGACCCGCCCACAUCACCUCGCUGGAGCCCGCCAAAAAGCUGAAGUUCUAUGAGGAUCAGGGACAGCUGCCCGCCCUCAAAUGGACAGAACUGGCGGGACUUAUCACACAGUGCAUGGCGUAUGAUCCUGGCCGGCGCCCCUCCUUCCGAGCUAUCCUCAGAGACCUCAACGGCCUCAUUACAUCAGAUUAUGAGCUCCUCUCAGACCCCACACCUGGCAUCCCGAGUUCCCGAGAUGAGCUGUGCGGUGGCGCCCAGCUCUAUGCCUGCCAGGACCCCGCCAUAUUCGAGGAGAGACACCUUAAGUACAUUUCUUUGUUGGGCAAGGGUAACUUUGGCAGCGUGGAGCUGUGCCGCUACGACCCCCUGGGGGACAAUACAGGACCCCUGGUGGCAGUGAAACAGCUACAGCACAGCGGGCCAGACCAGCAGAGGGACUUCCAGCGGGAGAUUCAGAUCCUUAAGGCUCUGCACAGCGACUUCAUCGUCAAGUACCGGGGAGUCAGCUAUGGGCCAGGUCGCCAGAGCCUACGGUUGGUGAUGGAGUACCUGCCCAGCGGCUGCCUGCGGGACUUCCUGCAGCGCCAUCGCGCGCGCCUGCACACCGACCGCCUACUGCUGUUCGCCUGGCAGAUCUGCAAGGGCAUGGAGUACCUGGGUGCGCGCCGCUGCGUGCACCGUGACCUGGCUGCGCGCAACAUCCUGGUGGAGAGCGAGGCGCAUGUGAAGAUCGCGGACUUCGGCCUCGCUAAGCUGCUGCCCCUGGGAAAGGAUUACUACGUGGUCCGCGAGCCUGGCCAAAGCCCCAUCUUUUGGUAUGCCCCGGAGUCCCUAUCUGACAACAUCUUCUCCCGCCAAUCUGACGUGUGGAGCUUCGGAGUGGUGUUGUACGAGCUCUUCACCUACUGCGACAAGAGCUGCAGCCCAUCUGCUGAGUUCCUGCGCAUGAUGGGGCCUGAGCGUGAAGGACCCCCGCUCUGCCGCCUCCUGGAGCUGCUGGCAGAGGGCCGACGCCUCCCACCACCUCCCACCUGCCCCACCGAGGUUCAGGAACUCAUGCAGCUGUGCUGGGCGCCCAGCCCGCAGGACCGGCCAGCCUUCGGCACCCUGAGCCCCCAGCUGGACGCGCUGUGGCAUGGAAGACCCGGAUAGCAGCCAGGGGGGAGCUGCUGCAGUGGCUAGAGCAGAGACAUCUCCUGCACGCACUGGUGGCCGACUCGGACCCAGGGCUAGACCCACAGCUUCC